AGUUGGCAACGGCCCGCACGCUGAAACGGUCAGAUACACGCUUUUCACUCAGCUAAAAGGAAUUCAAGAGAAAUAUCUGUGUGUUUUUGAAUAUUUUUCUUAAUAUUUGGAAUCUCGAGUGCCGCGUGUGUUAUUUUGAGUUAUCGCGAUCGCGGCUAAGUGCAAUUAGUGCCACAAAUUUAGUGCAAUGAAUUGGGAAAUGUCUUUUUCUGGCCAGGCGCAUCAUUAGCAAAUGAAUUAACAAAAAUAAAAAAGAUAUUACAGUGCUGUUGUGAGUGUUGCGAAUUUUUCAAGUGUUCAAGUUCCAGUUGCUCUAAGAUUUUCCAACGAUACCGGACAAUCUGCAGCGGCUCACAUAUUUGGAUUCGUUAAAAAGUGAAAUAUUUGCUGGGAAGGGGAAAACAAUCCGACUGCAAAUCCAAUAAGCCGCCGACAAAAGCCUCGUCUAAGCCACAGUCAAAAAAAGAAAAACCAUCAACAAAAAAUUAAAAGCAGCAUCGAAAACGAGGACAACAGAAGGGUUUCCGCCAGGAUUGCGUUCUUGUAUUUCGGACACACGUGCGCCGCGGCUGCGCCCGUGUCCUUGGCAGGACCUGUGACGUCGCCAGUGGGGCUAGGUUCUGGGUCCGGGUUCGGGUCCUCGACAGCCACCAUGAAGCUGUCCAAGCUGUCCAACCAGACCAACUCGCAGGAUCCGCAGGCGGUCAACUCGCGCAUCUUCGUGGGCAAUCUGAAUACCUUCCAGUGCUCCAAAACGGACGUGGAGCGCAUGUUUCAGAUCUACGGCCGCCUCGCGGGCAUAUCCAUGCAUAAGGGCUAUGCCUUUGUGCAGUUCACCAACCCGUUCGAUGCCCGGAACGCCUGCCACGGCGAGGAUGGCAAGACGGUCCUCAGCCAGACAUUAGAUGUCAACAUGGUGGCCGAACCGAAAGCGCAUCAGAUCGGAAGGAAACGCCAGAAUGUGAGCAAGACCGGAAACGAUUGGGACUACUUCUACGACAGCUACUGUUCCUCAGCGCUUUUGCGGGGCGGCGGGGGAGUUGGCGGGGGCGGUUCGAACGGGGUGCGGGCCAAGAAGCGGAAGCGCCUCAUGACCAAUGGCGGCGGCCUGUCCGUGGCCGUGCAGCAGCAACAACAGCAGCACGGACAGCACCAUCACAGUGCGGCCGCGGUGGCCGCUGCAGCUGCGGCAGCCGCCGUCCAUCAGCAGCAGCAGCAGGUGCAGCACCAGCAGCAGCAACACCACCAGCAACAGCAGCAGCAGCAUCAGCAGCAGGUGGCCGCCGUUGCCAUGGCGGCCAUGGCCAAUUUGUUGCCGCAACAGCAGUUGCUGCUGCAUCAGCAGAACCUGCUGUCGAAUGCGGCGGUGGCCACAACGGCAGCGGCGGCACCCGGUUCCCUCCACUGGUCGCAAUACAAACAGGAGCAGCAGCACCACCCACAUCCGCAUCCGCACCACCCGCACCACCAGCAGCCGUUCGGAUUCCAGCUGAAGAGCAGCGCGGCUGCUGUCCAGGCGACGACAUCGCCGCAAAAUGCAAAGUCUGCAAUAAUUGCUAAUCAAACGGCGCUCGGCGAGCCAUAUCCGGUUGGAGCUGCCGCCGCCGCCGCCGCCUUCGCCACCCAUCAGCAACAUCAGCAGCAGCAGCAGCAACAUCAGCAACAGCAACAUCAGCAACCGUUGCUGCAGCCGUUGACUCUGGCAUUGUCCCCACAGCAACCGCAGCCCCAUCAGGCGGCAACGCCACUACAAUUGCACAGCCAAUUGAUGCAGCAACAUCAACAGCAGCAGCAGCAGCAACAGCAGCAGCAACAACAGCAACAGCAGCAGCUACAACAGCAGCAACAUGCUCAGGAGCAAUUAAGUUUGCAUCAGCAAUGGGGACCAUUCAAAGUCUACAGCAAUCCGGACACAUUAAUCUGCGGCAAUUGCCGGGAAUCCUUUGGCGAGCUGUCUGAGUUAUUGGACCACAAGAAAAGUUAUUGCAAGCUGAGGUUCACAUGCAAGUGCCAGGAUGUUGCCUUUGCGGCAAGUGCAAAGACUCCGCCGACGAGCGCCAAAUUGCUGUGCGCCGUUUGCAAGGAUGCGUUCGCCAAUCCUUGGGAUUUGAUGGUCCACGCACAGGCCGCCCACAUGGUUAACAUUUACGAGCUGGGCGAUGAUGAGGGCAACUCAGCCACCCCCAUCAUCAGCACCAACAAUAAUAUUGCAACUGCAGCCGUGGAGAAUGGACAUGCAAUCGCUGAUGAGGCUGCCACAAAGCAGCAGAUGCCACAGAUGCAACCGGCCUCAUCAACACUUAACAAGGAGCCCAAUAACAAUAAUAAAAUUAGCAACAACAACACGGAGGCCAGCAACAACAAUGGCCACAUGUCGCCCUCGGGAACGGGUAGCAUUAUGGCAUCUUCUGGCUCAUCGGCAUCGGCUGAGAAUGGAACUGCCAGCGACAUGGAGGCCAACUGCCUGGACAUCAAGUUCAGCCCCAGUGCCAGUCCCAAGGAGGUGGGUGAAAUGGCCAUCCCCACUGCCGGCAGAGACUCCCACUCCCUAAUGAUUCUAUUGCAGGAUCAGCACAGGGACGAUCUCUCGCUGGACGGACGCAUGUCGAGCAGCUCCCAGCAGACCCAUCACUCGGAUGAGCUGAACGUCAAGCUGCUCAAUGGCUCCGUCUCCUCGAGGGGCAGUUCCCCCGGCCUGGAGGCUGAUGAACCGCCGGCCACCAGGGCUUGCAUCGUCCGGACUCUAAGCAUUGAGACUACCGGUUCAGCCGCAGCGCCAACUGCCAAUGCCUUGAGCCUGAUGUCGAACAGCUUGAGCCUGGCCCUCGCACCACAAUAGGUCAAAGGUCAAGAGCAGAGUCUCAAGCCCCUGGAAAGGACAAGCGGGCUCAGAAGACUCCCUUUGGAGUGGUGUUUUGUGCUAUCGUAAACCGAUACAAGUGCAAUUUCUUCAGUAUUUUUGUAACAGACUAACCCCGGCGGGAAGCUAAUAAGUCAGAUAAAAAAGGGAAAAAACAAGAGGAAUGAAUAACGUAAAUUACAGCAAACAUAUCAUUUUAAAUUAGCCAUAGUUAUGACAUACGAGCAGCUAAGUAUAUAGUGUACUGCGGUAGCUAUAUCAAUUACAGCCAUGUGUACGUUUAUAUGUAAUGUAUUUGUAUUCGUAAUUGUAAUUGUAAUUGUAAUUGUAAACGCCUUUGUGUUUCUGUUGUUUGCAUGUCCUUUGGGUUUAGCGUUUCAAACGGGAGAGUAUUUAUUUAUUGGGUUUCAAAACUGCAUAAGUGAACGUAUAGGUAAAAUUAUGGAAAGCUUAAACUGUCACCGCCUGUCGGCGGUGCGAAUUGAACGGUAAUCGAGCUUUGUAUAUAGUUAAUAACAAUUACAAGGAUACAAUUUACGGAAUUAUAAGAUCAUUGUUAUUAACCGGAACCAGGUCCGGUGCCGGCUUUAACCGAUGUUUAUAUAUAUUUUGGAUAUUGAAUAUUAUUUACGGAAUAAAUUAAUCGUAGUUGGUACCAAAUUAACCCACGCAAAGUGUAUAUCAAAAGUAGCAUAGUGACAACAGGUGUUUCAAAAACAAAUUCGGAGAAACUUGCUAUAUAUAUUAUUAUUAUCUAGAACCAUAAUCAAAUAUGCGUAAUAUUAAUAGCGACUAUAUUCUGGAAUAACUAUAUCAAAAGUAGCGGCUAUGUAAAUAGGUUAAUCAACGUAUUAUGUACUUACCAAGCAAACAAUUUGUAAACAGUAACAACAUUCAAUUCAAUGUCCUCCAGCUAAAGCAUAUAAACCAACAAAUGAAAUGUAUUAUGCAAAAUGAGAAUACCAAAUAUA